AUGUCUCCGCGGUUAUUGACAGAACGGCAGUGCGCCUAUGGCGUCGGCCUCGGGGGCGUCGUCCCCCUGAUCGAGACCAACAACACUCUAUCGAACCCGACCGGGCCCGAAUAUCAGUUCCUGGUGGGAGAGGGAACAUAUGUACUCAAGGAAGACCUGCACCUGGCCACGCCGCCGCCUCAUCCGUCCGAAGCACCGGUCGUCAAUCCGAAUCCGCUGGCUACGACUCCGCAACCUGCGACGGCGGGAACCAAGAUGUCGAUCUUGAGCCUGGAGACGCGACCACCUCCCUUCUAUUACAAGGGCCCGUCUGCUACGACGCUGUCACUGGGGGGCACUACCUCGAGCAUCCAGGAGCACCCCAGCGAGGGCCGAUACUCGACGGAAGGGGGCAAGAGUAGCGAUGACGGCCGGGCGACGUCGAGCGAGGUACCGACUGGGUCCAUCACGUUGGGUCCUGCGCCUGCAUUCGGGGAAGGGAACUCGUUGCUGGCGCCGACUGUCUCAAAGGACGUGAACAAGAAGAAGAAGCCCAAGAACAACGUGACUAAGAGCAACUCGUCCUUCAUCUCGCGUGUGAUUGUCAAUGACAACCUCGCACGAAAGCUCACGGAACGCCCGUCUGAUGGUCUCUUUGCUUUUGCCAACAUCAACCGGGCCUUUCAGUGGUUGGACAUGUCAUCACCGACCAAGCAAGACUACUUGACUAAGAUUCUGUUUACCAAGGCUCACUGCCUAUGCCAUGAUGUCAACAUGGUGACCAAGAGCGUUUCGCAUAUUGACGUGAUUAUGGGGUUUUCCACCGGUGAAAUCAUCUGGUGGGAACCCAUCUCCCAGCGAUAUACGCGUCUCAACAAAAAUGGAAUCAUAAACAACACACCUGUAUCAGAGAUUCGAUGGAUUCCCGGUUCUGAAAACCUGUUCCUGGCGGCGCAUAUGGAUGGUCUGCUAGUGGUGUAUGACAAGGAGAAGGAAGAUGGCCAUCUGAAUCCUGAGGAAGAGGGAUUGAAUGCCAGUGUCAGUGGGAGCGAAGGAGAGCUUUCCAACGGAUCAGCCCACGGCAACGGAAUCAGGAUCAACAAGUCGGUGCACUCGAAGAACCAAAAGACGAACCCGGUGGCUGCCUGGAAACUGUCGAACCAGCGGAUAAACGCCUUUGCCUUUUCGCCUGAUAACCGGCAUCUAGCUGUAGUGUCGGAGGAUGGGACGCUGAGAGUCAUUGACUAUCUCAGGGAAGAGCUCUUAGAUCUAUACUACUCUUACUACGGAGGGCUGUCGUGCGUCUGCUGGACGCCAGAUGGCAAGUACGUCCUCACCGGUGGCCAGGACGACUUGAUAUCUAUAUGGUCGAUGGCCGACUCGGCACUUGUUGCCCGAUGCCAAGGCCACCGAUCUUGGGUAUCUGCCCUCGCAUUCGACCUGUGGCGAUGUGACGACCGAAGCUACCGCUUUGGUAGCGUGGGAGAAGAUGGACGACUUUGCCUGUGGGAUUUCAGUGUGGGCAUGCUGCACCGUCCAAAGACCGCCGCCCCGGCUCGCCAUCGAGGAUCAGUAUCAUCAAGAAUCACGGCCCCACACAGAACGGACACCAAUACCUCGGCGAACUCGGGGGCCAAGGGGGGUUCGGGUGCGGAAGACGAGUGGGAGGAGAAUGUGAUUGCGCAUCCCGUCCAGCCCCGUGCCGUGAUACCAAUGCUGCCGCCUGUCCUGACGCAUGUGAUUGAUAACCACCCCGCCUGCUGGUUAGCGUUUACGGAAGACGCUGUUAUCACAAGCUGCAAGAACGGCCAUGUCAGGACAUGGAACAGACCAGGCGUUCAGCCAGCAACCGAGUGA